AGUUCAAAAUCUUACAUGGCAGGAUACAACUCUAUUGAAAUAUCAUCAGAUUGCGUUUCGAAUGAUUUCUUUAGUAAAAUAAUACAGGAAUCUUCCCAACAGCCUGAUAAAAAGCCAAGAGGGACAAUAGAUGAGAAAAUAACAUCAGUUUGUUUUUCAAGUGAUGUUCAGGAUUUUGAAACGCAAAACACAUCCGAAAACCUGGAAUGUUUGAUAGGAACUUUUAAGGACGGUUUAGCAUCUUCAAUUCAUGAAGAUGAUACUGGCGACCAAUGCAAAACAAGACCAACAAUAGCAGCAACUAACGCAUCCAUAGGAAACCCUACAACAAAGAAAGUAUCAUCCCAUGAACUCUUCAUUACAGUAACAAUCUUGCUACUUGUUCAAUUAAUAACAGUUGUAUAUUUUAUUAAUUCAAUGGAGAACAAGAUCACAAAUUUGAAAUCCUGUCAAAAAAGACUUGCAAAUUCAGAUGAAUCUUUAUCCUGUUCAGACUGUAUGUGUAUUGCUACAGAUGGAUUUUCUUCAAACGAGUUUAUAGAUGUCAUUGAGAAUCAAGGGAAAGAUAGACAAAAAUAUGAGGAAAUGGAAAAAGAAAAUAAAGCUUUUCAAUUUCAGUUGUCAAAAUUUCAGGAACAAGUAGCAGAGUUUGAAAAAACAUUAUCAGAGUAUAAAACAAAGUACAAUGAUGAUCAUGUUACUGAACUUUUCAAAAAAAACUGGGAGAAGGAAAAAGAAAUCUUUACCAAAGAAACUGAGAAGAAAGAGAGGACAUUGAUAGAUUCACUGAAUAAAGUUAAAGAAGAUGUUGAGGAGAAUUCUAAAAAUGUUCUCUUUCGAAUAGAAAAUCAAAGCCAGGAAAUCACUGAAUCAAAAGGAAAAUUUCAGCCAGUAGAUGAUUUGAAAGUACAGCUUGAAAAUAGAAUGAAUAAAAUUGAAGAGGAAAAAAGGAGAUUGGCCAAGGAUUAUCAUGCAUUAGAAAAAAAUCAAGAGUUUUUGGAAGAGAAAAUUAUUUCUACUGAAGAGAGACUUGGUGGAGUAGAAAGACAGCAAAAUUUCGUUUACAAAGAAAUCAAUGCCAUUAAUUUAUACAUUAUCCUGUUCCUUGUUGUGGUGGUGAUUGCUGUCAUCUUUGCAUCCCAAAAACUCCUGCUUUAUAGACAAUCUUCUCAUACAGCUGAUAGAACAGUCUACCCGGUAGAGGCACCAUCGAUGAGGUCAGGUCCAAACCAGAGAGUAGGAGGACAGGAAGUGUCUGGCGCUGAACUUCUUGCAAAAGUUUCUAGCAAAAAAGUGGAGAAAGGGAUUGGUGUUAUUAGCUUACACUCCUCUACUCAGGAGUUCCAUCAGAACCUUUUGAGAGUAGUUCCUAAACCCCAUUCUCUGCCUAUGCAGACCUAUCUGAUUGAAAAACAAGAGGAUUUACUGAAAAUAAAGCCAUACAAGGUAACCAUUGUUUUUGUGGACUUCAACGAAAGAAACAUUAUUCUGGAAAAUCCUGACACUGAGGGUGGAGAUUGUAGGAGACUAACAACAGAGAUUUUUCUUUUGAGUAAAUGUGAUGUGUUUGUGGUUUACUGCAAAGAUAGAGACUCCCAGUCUCUGCCGCCAAAUCAACUUUACAACACCAAGCUGCAUUCAAUUAAACAGCAGCCAAUACUGUCCAAACUGAGUAAAGAAAACAGAGUGUUUUCUGUUAAUAAAGCUUUACUUCCCCAACAAGCACAGCUUUUGGAGAACUGUUUCAAACUACUGUAAAUUUGCUAAUUGUGCUGUGGAUUAAAAAAAAUAUAAAUAAUAAUUUUGAUUAUUGUGAUUUUGUGUUGUGAAUUUUUUUAUUCAUAUCAUGUUGAUUUUUAUGAUGAAAGUUAUUUUUGGAUGGAGGACUGCACCAAGUAUAAAAGUAGCUUAUAAUGUUGUGACCAGGAAAUAAUUUUUUUUAUGUAAUAAAUAAAUAUUUCCCUAAGAUCUUAUUCAUAUUGCUUUUGAAACUUAUGAUUAAUUUUUUCCUUUUCUGUAAAGAUAGUUUGUGGGUAAUCAAAGCUCCAUAUAGGUUAUUAUACAAUCAUUAAAAGGGCAUGGUCACGAUUUUGGUCAUAUUUUAUUUUUCUGUUUUUAUUAUUUACAAUGCUUUAUAUAUGCAUUUCUAAUGAUCAAGAAAAAAAAAUUGGGUGCCCGUCGAUGAGUUUUUAGCAAGAUACGGGGCUCACAAUUCUUCGUCAUGUAAACAAGGCUAGUGCCCUGUUUUUGUUUACAUAGGUUUAAUAUACCAGUAAAAAUCUUUUCCAAGAUGAUUUGUCUGUACUCUUAUUCAUUUUAAGCAUAAAUAAACAGUUCCUAACAAUCAACAUAUUCAUUUCAGGUCCAAAACUGGAAUUUUCACUUCAACAUUCAAAAUGUAAACAUAAGCUUUGUUUACAUAGCAAGGGAUGGUAAGCUCUGUAACUCGCUUCUGACUCAACAAAUGACACUCAAAUUUUGGUUGAUUACUAAAAAUGCCUUACUGAAACAUUAUAAACAUUUAAAGUGAAAAAAUAAUUUUUGACCAAAAUCUUGACCAUGCCCCUUUAAAUGAAUUCUAAUUGAUACAAUUUCUUUAGAAGUUUGAUACUUUGAAAUAAAUGCAGAGAAUAAAUUGCUGA